AUGGACAUAAUAAUAACAGGCGCCGGCCUCUCCGGCUUCUCCACCGCUCUGUCCCUCCGGCGCGCGAACCCUUUUCACCGGAUAACUAUCCUCGAGCGAUCCUCCCACUACUCUGCUUCCUCCUCCACCAUCAGCAGCAAGUCAUACACAUCCCACGAAGUAGGCGCAGCAGUCAACGUUCCCCCCAACGUCUCUCGCUUCCUCUGCCACCCCCAGCCCGGGCGCGGAUGGGGCCUAGACCCACUGAAACAAAAGUUUGUAAAGAGCGAGGGGAUGUUGGUCAUGAACCCACCGACGAUGGAGCAGAUCCUGGGACAAGGGUUGGAUCAUAGUAGGAAUGAAGAGGUUUGGGGAGGGGGAGCACUGUGGUAUGCGCAUCGGGUUGAUUUGCAUGGGGGGUUGUUGGGGUUGGUAAAGGGGAGAAAGGGGUGGGUGAGAAUUGAAGGUGGGAAAGAGGUUGUUGCGUAUGACCCCUCAAAACCCUCAGUGACCCUCUCCGACAACACCGUUCUAACAGCAGACCUCAUCAUCGCCGCCGACGGGGUGCACUCUCGCGCACCUGAAUACGUCCUCGGACACCCGAACCAGCCUCAGAUGCUUCCUGAUCCGAAGCUAAAUACCUGCUACCGGUUUCUGAUUCCGACGGCGGAAAUUGCUGAUGAUCCAGACACAGAGUUCUUCUUGGAUGAGGAUCGGAAAGAGGCCAAGGUUUGCAGGCUGUGGCCGGAUGUGAAAGGGAGGAAGAGGGUAAUUGCUUAUCGGUGUCGAGGUGGUGAAGUGUUCAACUUCGUGGUCAUGCUCCGGGAUGAGACAAGUACUGCGAAGCGGGAGGACUGGCACGCCCCCGUUUCCAAGUCCGAAGUCCUCUCCAAGCUGUCCGAUUUCCACCCCGGCAUCCUAGCCGUGAUCAACAAAGCAACAGACCUCAAACGCUGGCCCCUCCUCUACCGCCCUCCCAUCCCAACCUGGCACAAAGACCGGUUGGUUCUUGUGGGUGACGCUGCUCAUCCUAUGUUACCUCAUCAUGGCCAAGGAGGCGCCCAAGCAAUCGAAGACGGCCUUGUCCUCGGCCUCUGUCUAGGGGACUUAUCCAGCACUUCUUCCCCCGAGGAACUCGAGCGGCGACUUCAAGUCUACGAAAAGAUCCGGCUCAACCGGGCUUCAGCUAUCCAGGUGAUGAGUAACGUUGGUUUUGACGAGGAGGCACCGCGGGAGUUGGAGGGGUAUCUGACGGAGGAAGGAUGGGACGGGAGAGUGCCUAAAAAUAUGAAGGAAGUGGUUGAACUUGAGUAUGGACCGGAUGUGGUGGAGAGGACUGUGAAGACGAUGAAAGACGAGGUUGAUGCUGGGUGGGAGGUGCCGAGGGGGUUUUUCCCGGGGUUCAAAAGGCAGUAG